UAUUCAUGUUGGUGUUCUUAUAUACCAAAAAGAACAUUCCCUCUCCCUCUUACUCUUUUUCACCUAAUCCAAUUAUCUUUCCCACAAAUCUCACUGUAGUCCUAAUCUAACAAACACCCAUAAACAAAAUCUACAUCAAUUUGGUUUUGGAUCUAGGGUUCAUUUCCAAUUAGUUCAAUGAAGGGUGUUUGUCUAUUUUGCAGUAAAUGAACAAAAAACAUAGCCAUAAGUAAGAUUCAGGGUGUGAGGAUGAAGGAGUUGUUUGGGGGACCAGGGAAAGUGAGUGGGCUGAUAUUGAGAAUGGGACAGUCUAUAUUUGCAGCAGCUUCUAUAUCUGUUAUGGCUUCUUCUCAUGGUUUCUCCACUUGUACUGCUUUCUGCUAUUUAAUUGCAUCAAUGGGGCUGCAAUUUCUAUGGAGCUUCUCACUCGCCUGCUUGGAUAUCCAUGCCUUAAGAUUGAAGAGAGAUCUAAGGAAUUACGUCUUUCUGAGCUUGCUUGUAGUUGGUGAUUGGGUGACAUCCAUUUUAUCACUUGCUGCUGCAAGCUCAUCAGCUGGCGUGGUAGUCUUGAUUGUUAAAGAUACAAAGAUGUGCAAACAGAGCCCUCAGCUAUCCUGCCACAUGUUUCAAAUUUCAGUAGCUUUGGCUUUCAUCUCAUGGUUCUUCCUUGCCAUUUCUUCCUACGUCAUGUUUUGGCUCGCGGCCUCUGAUUAAAGGCCCCUUAUCCGCACGCUACAACGUUUCAUAUGGUGAUGUGAAUAUUUUUGACUUUAAGAACUUAUGUACAGGAAGUAAUUGCUAGGCUUUUCCUGAAGCGGCUUGUUUCUUGGUUCAUUGUUUUGAGGUUCAUCAUAUCUGGAAAUGAGCCUCUUCUCAUUAUAACCUUUUUUUUUGUGUGUGUGUAAUGCUAAGUGUAUGCGAUUGAUGCAUGAAAUAUGAUGUCAUCUAAUUCCCCAAUGUUAUCUUAGGUUGCUUAUGACA